CUCUCUUCCUGAUAUCAAGCUCAUUUAGCAACGCAUAAACGAAGAAAAAAUCCUUUAUUAUUAGAUUUACUAGCCAAGAAAGAGUCGCUCACAAUGGCUGACAACUCCAUGAACAAACAAAUAGUGCUCAUCACUGGCGGCAACCAAGGCAUCGGUUUUGAGAUUGUCAAGAAGCUUGUUGCGGAGCAGCCAACCUACCAUGUGCUCCUUGGCUGUCGCACUCUAUCAAGAGGAGAAGAAGCUAUAUCGAAGCUGCAGAACCUAACCGGCUCAGUUUCUCCCAUCGAAGUAGACGUCACUUCAAACGAUUCAAUCGCAGCUUGUGUGGCACAAAUUGAGCAUGAGCAUGGCAGGCUCGACGUGCUAAUCAACAAUGCUGGCAUUGGAAGGCAUGCAGUGGAAGAUCUGUCGAGCCUCAGAGCCAAAAUGUCUGCACUUUUCGAUGUCAAUGUGUUUGGCGUUAUGGAGAUGACAGACGCAGCUAUCCCCCUUUUGAAGAAAGCCGCUGACCAGGGCUCGGUACCGCGAAUUGUCUUUAUCACUUCAGAGAUGGGUUCUCUGGGGAAUACUCUUAAUCCCUCGUGGAAGUACUAUAAGAGCAAUACUUCUAUCCCGUACAAAUCUAGCAAGGCUGCCGCCAACAUGAUUGGGGCAUGCUAUUCGACAUUAUUUCAGAAGGAGGGCUGGAAGAUUAACUGCUGUUGUCCUGGGUUCCGUAAGACAGCAUUUAAUCACCACAUGCCUAAUGCUAUGGACGUGGAGGAGGGCGCUGUAAGGGCUGUGGAGUUGGCGACUCUCGAUAAAAAUGGCCCGACAGGGACUUUUAGCAACAUUGAUGGAACCGAGCCGUGGUGAAAGAGGUAACAACAGUAUAUUACCUCUUUAAGCAAGGUGUUCACGAACUGGUAGGUAGAGCGACUUAUAGCGAGAAAUUUAUCGAUGACAGCUAUUUACAAAGAAAUUUCGGUAUUA